AUUGCCAAACAGCUUUACAUGGGAUUACAGUCAUAGUUUCACAAGCAAUGUGGAGAAAGAGGGAGAGAGGUCACAUCAGACAAUGCUCUGAAGUUCAUUAAAGCAAAGCAGUCAUUUAGGUAGGACUUAAAUGGGCGGGCAGGGAGGUGUGUGAGAUGGCUAAACUAGUAAGCUUGUAAAAUAAGCUUGAUGAAUUGCCUUCCUCAGUUUUACUUGAGCAGCCCAGCAGUGAAGAGCAUUUAAAAGACUCCCUUCCCAGAUUUAUCAAGAGAUUGCAUUUUAAUAAUAGAACAGAAUACAUGCCGGAAAUAUGGAGAGGGGAGUGGUGAGAAUGACCAAUCUUCAUGAAGUUAUAACUGGAUACAGGACAAACUUCCAGAAGCAAAGACUAAUGGCGAUGAAAACAGCGAAGCGUGUAAAGGAUUCUUUCUACUGGUUUUAUUUCCAGUACCUGCUGCUCUCCUGUUGCGUUGACCUGGAGCCCUGGGAACAAAUAGUGAUACACGUUUUUACCGCCACUAGUAUUACCAUGUUGGUCUUCACAGCUUAUGUGUUCAUUCCAAUCCAUUUACGUUUGGCUUUUAGGUUCUUUCUGCAGUUACUGGUCAAGUAGCCUGAGACAACAGUUGUCUGUGUUUGCCAUGAUGGUCCUGGGGGUUCUCUAUGUGACUUUAACGUGUUUGUGUAAAUAGAAAUAUUUAAAAAUCUAA